CCUUAACCAGCUUUCCUGAUCAGAAUUCAGAACCAACCACCUCAAGAGUGUGUACAGAGUACACAUACAUGAUACAUGGCUACCUCCAGACUUCACAUCGCCUGCGCUCUCCUCCUCGCUGGUGUUGUGCUUCUGGGGCAAAAUCAAGAGGGCAUGGAAGCCGUGGCUUGCCCUCAGUACUGCCUGGAGGUCGACUACAUAACCUGCCCGUCCUCCGGCUCACAGAAGCUCCCGGCGAGGUGCAACUGCUGCAUGGCUCCCAAAGGCUGCACGCUCCAUCUCUCCGAUGGGAUCAACCAAACUUGCUCUUAAUCCAGUUCAGAGUUCAGACAGUGAUGUAACUUCAUGUCUUCAUGUAUGGUGUGGCGCUAGACAAUAUACUUGUCAAGACAGUAAUAAUGUGAACAAGCUCUAUGUUUUGCGGAUAAAUCAUGUCAUGUAACAUUAUAUGAUGUUUCCUUCCGGCAGCUUUAAAGAGCCGUAAAAGUUGUUUUGCUACCUAA